GCAUGAUCUCCCCUGCUCCAUUUCAUUAAACCCUAACUCCCAAAGUCCCUCCUUUGGCUCCCCUGCAACUCGGUGGAAUCAUCAAUCAAGCUCAAAGAAACCUUCUUUCUGCUCCUUCUCCUUGAAAUCCUUUUGACGCAUCGUCAUAUGGUCCCAUCUUCGUUAUGAGGCCGGCGGGAUCUCCGGGGCCAACCACUGCAGGCCGGCCACGGCGGCGGCCGGACCUUACCCUCCCCCUACCCAAACGGGACCCGACCCUCGCCGUUCCCCUCCCUCUCCCCCCUCCCUCGAACACCUCGACGGCGACCCCCCCAACCACCGCCGGUCAACUCCUAACCCCAAACCUCUCUGACCUCGAACGCGUCCGCCGCGUCGGCAUCGGCAGCGGCGGCACGGUAUACAUGGUCCGGCACCGUCCCACCGGCAGGAUCUAUGCCAUGAAAGUCAUUUAUGGCAACCACGAGGACGCCGUCCGCCGCCAGAUCUACCGCGAAAUCGAGAUCCUUCGAACCGCUGAUAACCCCUUUGUCGUUCGAUGCCACGGCAUGUACGACCACGCCGGCGAGAUCCAGAUUCUCCUCGAAUACAUGGACGGAGGGUCCCUAGAAGGCCAUCGGAUCUCAUCGGAGCGAUCUCUCGCUGAUGUCGCCCGUCAGAUUCUCUUAGGCCUCGCCUAUCUCCACAGCCGAAAAAUCGUUCAUCGCGACAUCAAACCAUCAAAUCUUCUGAUAAACGCCGCGCAUCAGGUUAAGAUUGCCGAUUUCGGGGUCGGAAGAAUCCUCGCGCGGACAAUGGAUCCCUGUAACUCAUCGGUGGGCACUAUAGCUUAUAUGAGCCCGGAGAGGAUCAAUACCGAUCUGAAUCAUGGAAACUACGACGGAUACGCCGGCGAUAUCUGGAGUUUUGGGAUCAGCAUAUUGGAAUUCUAUCUGGGAAAAUUUCCAUUUGGGGAGAAUAUCGGGAGACAGGGGGAUUGGGCGAGCCUUAUGUGCGCUAUCUGCUACUCGAAUCCGCCGGAGGCGCCGGCGACUGCGUCGAGCGAUUUGAGGAAUUUUAUUGCUUGUUGUCUUCAAAAGGAACCGGCUCGCCGCCUCACAGCUGUUCAGCUCCUUCAACACCGUUUCAUCACGCAGCAAUCGCCAUUGUCGUCUUCAUCAUCAUCUUCUUCUUCCUCCUCUUCCAUAACGAAUCCCCGAGCUUAAGCUUUUGUAUGAAUUGAAUUAGGUCCGAGAUGGAUGUUGGGGUGGCGAUCGAUAGAUUUGUUGAACUCCUUUUUUGUGGAUUUGAUUUUAGCUCAGUGGCACUUUAUUAAUCAAUAAAAAUAUGAGCUUUUUUAUA